UUCCUAAGAUUUUUUUUUUUUUGUCUCUUUUGGGAUGGAACUUUUAAUAUUAAAAAAGUGGUAAUCUGCACAAAGAAGCAUUUAGUGCUGUAGAAAUAUAUAAGACUGCACGUUAAGUAUCAGUGGUGGUGUUAUACAUCCUGUCCUCAGAAGUCACUUACUGCAUGUUCAGAACAGUAGAGUUGGACAGGCUGUUGAGCCUGUUGGCUUUAGUGUAAUCAGCCAAGUGAACAUACAUUGUAGAUUACACAGACGGUUUUAAAUUUUUGUAUGUGUAUCAUAAGUUAAAAUGGUGACUCAGCUUAAGUGAUCUAGGAUACUGUAAUAUUUUAAAAACAAAAUACAGUGUUAUGACAAGGAAAAUUAAGUAUAUUUUCUUGUCUUUUUGCAGAAGGUCUUGAUGUAACUGGCCGAAAAAUGGUUCUGCAAGAUGACAGCAUCAACUUUAACACUGUUAAAAUGGAGACUAUCUUCACUUUGACAUGACGUGUGAAGUCUGUUAGCGUUUUUUGUUUGGUUUUUUUACAGUUAUUGUGGAAGCUACCUCUCCCCCUCCUACCUGCAGCAUAUGACUGGUAGAAGGCUGAAGUGGUUUCCAUUUCUGGUUACAAAUGGUGUGGGUUUUUAUCAUGAAUCGGAUGAGCUCCCAGAGCAGUUCAUCCACUCAACGCAGGCGAAUGGCUCUAGGAAUUGUCAUUCUUCUCCUUGUUGACGUGAUAUGGGUUGCCUCUUCAGAACUCACUUCUUAUGUUUUUACAAAGUACAACAAGCCUUUUUUCAGUACAUUUGCAAAAACAUCCAUGUUUGUUCUAUACCUCUUGGGAUUUAUUGUUUGGAAACCAUGGAGGCAACAGUGUACUCGUGGAUUUCGUGGAAGGCAUGCAGCUUUUUUUGCAGAUGCUGAAGGUUAUUUUGCUGCUUGUACAACAGAUAACACUGUAAACAGUUCUCUGAGUGAACCUUUAUAUGUUCCUGUAAAGUUUCAUGAUUUGCCAACUGAAAAAAAUGGCAGUAAUAAUAGUGAUGCAGAGAAAACUCCCAAAAAGCCUCGUGUAAGGUUCAGUAAUAUUAUGGAGAUUCGACAACUGCCAUCAAGCCAUGCAUUGGAAGCAAAGUUGUCUCGCAUGUCAUAUCCAGCGGUUAAGGACCAGGAAUCAAUAUUAAAAACUGUAGGAAAACUCACUGCAACUCAAGUAGCAAAAAUCAGCUUUUUCUUUUGUUUUGUGUGGUUCUUGGCAAAUUUCUCUUACCAAGAAGCUCUGUCAGAUACCCAGGUUGCUAUAGUUAAUAUACUGUCGUCAACUUCUGGGCUUUUCACUUUAAUCUUAGCUGCAGUCUUUCCCAGUAAUAGUGGAGAUAGGUUUACCCUGUCCAAAUUAUUAGCUGUCAUUUUAAGCAUUGGUGGUGUGGUACUUGUUAACCUUUCUGGAUCUGAGAAAUCUGCUGGAAAAGAUACGAUAGGUUCCCUUUGGUCUCUUGUGGGAGCAAUGCUGUAUGCUGUGUACAUAGUAAUGAUCAAAAGGAAAGUGGAUAGAGAAGAUAAACUUGACAUACCAAUGUUCUUUGGUUUUGUAGGGCUGUUCAAUCUGUUGCUGCUGUGGCCAGGGUUUUUCCUGCUUCACUAUACCGGGUUUGAAGCGUUUGAGUUUCCCAAUAAGCUGAUAUGGAUGUGCAUUGUUAUUAAUGGCCUUGUCGGAACAGUUCUGUCAGAAUUUCUCUGGCUGUGGGGCUGCUUUCUUACCUCAUCACUGAUAGGCACACUUGCGCUAAGCCUUACAAUACCUCUGUCCAUAAUAGCUGACAUGUGCAUGCAAAAGGUGCAGUUUUCCUGGUUAUUUUUUGCAGGGGCAGUACCUGUAUUUUUUUCUUUUUUCAUUGCAACUCUCUUAUGUCACUACAACAACUGGGAUCCAGUGAUGGUGGGAAUCAGAAGAAUUUUUGCCUUUAUUUGUAGAAAACAUCGAAUUCAGAGAAUGCCAGAAGAAAACGAGCAGUGUGAAAGUCUCAUUCCUAUGCAUAGUGUUUCACAAGAUGGAGAUGGUUGCUGUUCAUAAAUGAAAGUUUAAAAAUGGAAUGAUGAUGCCCAGUGAAAAGACAAUCUUCUGGAAAAGUCCCUAAGGAAUCAUGUUCCAGUGCCUAUUCUGAAUUUGUAGUAAAAAUGAGGAGUUUCAGUUCUUUUGAAACUCUAACCUUUUCCUCUUUCUUGCUUUCAUCUAGUUUUAUAAAUGAACAAAUUUACUACAGGCCUAUCACCAUACAGAGUCAGUCUAUCAGAGCAACCAACUUGCCUUAUAACACAGAGCUCAUGAAGUCACUUGACAAAAUCAAGAAUCAAGAAAACAAAUGCUGUUAAAGUGAUUUCUUUCUUUCUUUAACUCACAAUUUUGUUAAAUGCUGGACAAUAUUAUUUUUAAAAAAUACUUUCAAAUGAGUUAUGUAAAUAAGUUUGCAAGUCAUCAAGUGUUACGGGCUUUCAGAUGAAAAGCUGAAUAGAUAUGUUACCUGUAGUAGGUACAAAUUAACUUUUUUAUGUUGUAUAAACUAUUUGCAUAUUAAUAGAAGAAAAUAGAAAAAUAAUUUAUUAAGUGCAUUCUUGUAAUUAUUAAGGCAGGAUCUUUGUACGGUCCUGGAACACUACAUAUAUAUUGUAUUAUGCCAUUUUAAGAAGAAUCGUAAUGGCAAUAGGCACUGAUGUUUAAAAAUCUUUUGCUACCUAACAGUCUGGAAUGUUUAAAAUUUUAGUGAAUGGUAAAAUAUUAGAAAUUACAGUACAUUUGGGUGUACAUUCUCAAAAUCCAUGUUUGUGUUAAACAGACUGAUUCUGUAAUCCAUUCUUAUUCCCAGUUACCUUACACGGAAAACUAAAUUUGAACAUUUUCAUGCGUAUAGCUGCCAAGUUCUAAAAGAGACCAAAUUAAUUGUGAAAGUUUUCAGUCAGUGGGUUGGCACUACAGUAAUUUGCUGAACACUCUGGAAGAUAAAGGUGUCUGCAUUGGUUUUUCCCCUCCCCCAACCACAGUUGCAUUAAUAAAUUUAUUCUAAACCUGAUAAUUUUCCUUAUAAACUGUUAUCUUCCUUCCAGUGCAGUGCUUCUGUCCUAUUUUAUUCUGAAAAGUUAUGACUAAUUAUAUUCAGGAAUAUUUAAGAUGAGUCAAUGCCAUUUUCCAACUUCUGGCAUAUAAGACACACAUAGAAGUUCAUUUUGGCUUUUGAUGGAUUUAAUUUUCUUAUUAUUGAUGGAGGAUGGAUUUUCAGCCAACAGUAUUCUCUUCCAUGUAGCAAGAUUAUUAAUAAUGUAGGGUACUUCUAAUGUCUUUGCACACAAAUACAGAAGAAUGACAUAAAAGAAAUGCCUUUUCAUAUUUCGACACUUGGAAAUUAUCCUUCCAAAAGAAAUUUUGGUGUUUUGGUGAUAAAACUACUACACAAGAUGAAACACUUAACUGUACAUUUAGAAGGACUGAUUAGCAGGAGCUACAAUUUAAUGUAAAAAUCUGCAAGUAGAGAAGGAAGGAAAAAUGAACCUGGGGACUAUUCUGGUAAAAUAUUGCACCUUUAUCAAAAUUCUUCUUCCAAUUUUUAAUAUUGAAUUACACUUCAAGUUUCAGUAAUCUGAGGCAUCUCUUGAAGAUGAGAUAGUACAUCUUUCUUUGGACACCUGAAAUAGGAAGUAAAAAAACCCCAACAAAACAAAGCAAACAAACAAACAAACAAAAAUCAACCACAGAAACCUCCCCCCAAACCCCAAACAAACAAAAUUUUAUUGCAUUUAGUAGGCAUUUUGUGAAAUGUCACUUUUCAAUUUCCAAACCCUAAGAGUAGAGGGGUGGAAAGUGCAAUAUGUAGAACUAAGUUUGCAUUUGACUUUGGUCAAAUUUUCAGGGAUUUUUUUUUUUUUUUUUUCUUGUAAGUGCAGUUUCCGUAGUUGUUUGGUUUGGGGAUAAUUUUUAAUUUUUUUUUAGGAUUUUUUUUUUUUGCCCUAAGUUAUGGCAAAUUAGAAAAUGUUAACUUCAACUUUUUUUCCAAGAAGUAAUGUUAAGGCCUACUUGCAAUAAAAAGUUAAUGUCUGUUUUUAAUUAAUGAUGUGUUUCAAUGAAAUCAUACCAAAUGUAUAAUACCAGGCAUUAAUUACAAAUUAGAAUCAGUCAGGACUUGUGGCAUCAGCAAACUAAGCCUGGGAAAACAGUUUGCUUUUGGAUGCGCAAUUGCAGUAUUUUUAGCGGAAUAUUCUAGUACCAUUUUUUUGAAAUUGGUCAUACUGAUAGAAUUGGAGCAAUGUGUAAUGAGCAAUUGCUGUUCAUAUUUUUCCUAAGGUUCAUGGCUUUAAAGUGAAAGAUCGUCAUAGUCUGCCAUGUAUAUGAGUUCUGUCAACUUCCACUAUUCAUUAGUUUAAGAGGUAAUAAGUAGUGUAAGUACUAAGAAAAUACUCGUCUUUCUCUGACCCCAGGUAUAUUGAAGAAUGUUGAGUAAACUCAAAGUUAGGGCCUUUCUGCUGUUUCUUGUUUUUAACAAAAGUGUGUUUAACUUUUUUUUUUUUUUUUUUUUUAAUAUCAAAUAUUUUAAUCAUGGAAUCAUGGCACUAGAUAGCUUGGGCAGUCCUUUUGAAUUAAAUUACAGAUCUUUAAAAAGUAAGAAACAAAGUAAACUGUCUUUCCAGAAAGGAUUUUUAAACAGUAGUGCCCCUGUAGUUACAAGAAAUGUGUUACAGUUUUAAUUACAGAAGCUAUGACACGUAACAUUGUUCCUGCAUUUAAUAGAAUGUGAUGAGGUUUUUUCUAUAAAAUCUUGUGACUUUUAGUACAAGAAUAUUUUAUAAAUAUAAUGUCUAAUUUGAAAUGUAAAUUGCGUAGCUCUCUAAUGGGUGCUUGGUAAAUGCAUAAGAGAUUUAGCUUUGAUUCUCAGGUACUUCUGACAUAACGGAGACAUGCUGGGUUUUUCUUUCUCAUGACACACCUGGAAUGAGAAGGAGCUCUCUUGUAAAUGCUUUAUCCCUGUGCACUAGCAUAAAUUAUCACCGCUCUUACUGUUUCAAUUUGGCAAUGUCUUUAUUCUGAUUUAUUUCUUGUAGGAAGCACAUGCAGUUUAAAAAAAAUAAUGAAUUUUUAUCUCAAGCAUUUCUUGGAAUGUCAUUAGAUGCUUAAGGAACAGUGAUUUCCCAUGCCUACAAAAUGGAAAAUGAAUACUACAUGUGUUGCUCUGUCAAACAGUUGAACUAAUUCCUGUAAUCUUGUGAGACAACCAACAAUUUCUUCUGUGUGUGUGAUUGAGGUUUUGGAACUGUUUGGGUUUUAUACAUGGAGGAAAUGAUGAUAAUUUGCCAAAUGCCACAUAGCAUGCCUUUGCUUUUAGGGUUCUGGUGAGUCUUGCAUAGUUACAUAUACUGUGUACUGCACUCCACAACAAAGGGGAAAAAGGAUUUCAGUUUUUCUGGCCAUUUUCUGUCAGGUUUCAGUCAUGCUGAAAAUGUGUUCGCUACAAGGUGCUGCUGUAGAUGUAUUACUAAUUCGGGAAAGAACUGAAAUACAUGUUACAUCAGUACUUGACAGUUACUUAAAAUAUGUGGCCCAGGAAUGCCACUGAAGACACUGAGGGCCUUAUGUUUCUGUUGCCCAGUGUGCAUUGCAUCAUGCUUGUUGGCUUUUUGCCUGUGGAAAUGCAUAUAAGGAGGUGGGGGCUGUAGUAUGUGGCUGAUUUGGCUUGUUGUGGAGCUGGGCUGGAGCAGAUUGCACACUGAAACUCAGAAGCAGGGAGACUAAGGCUAAGGCACUGCCUGGUUAUCUCACUGUGGUGGUGUUAAAGUGUUUUGUGGAAAUACGGUGUUAAGCAGGAGUAUUCUUUGAAGGAUAAACCAUGGUGCUGCAUGUGAUACUUGACCUGGUAUGCUGGUAUAUGCAUUGCAUACCUCCUUGUAAUGAACUAGCAAAAAUAGGAGUCCCUGCAAAUUACUUCUCUUGGUGUGUGCUGUGAUAAUUGUCAUUCUGUUUCACAAUACCCAUUGUGCCUAGGUAUUGCUAAUCACAGCUAUGAUUGCUUUAAGUAAGGUUGUAAAAUGAUUUCUUUGUAAUUCUUGGUUCCAUCUCUCUUUGUGUUGAAUGUCAUCAUUCCUAUUCCCUAUUAAAAAAUCCUAUCUUAGGGAAAUUAGCUAAGCCUCCUAUUUUAGGGAAUGAGCUAAGCCAAGCUGUCAGAGGAGGGGGAAAAACAGUUAAACUUUAGACAUGGGGUAUGUUUAUGGACACACUUUCAAAUUUCGUAUGAAAAUGGGCCUCAAUAAGGCAGAGUGUGUUUGUGUGUUUCUAAAUGAAGUUAAGAAGUGGUAUACUCAAAAAUCAAGAAACAAAAAAUAAUAUUAGUAUCACAAUGUUCAGUUAUAUGGCUAACUGUAGAAUGAUACUUCUAAUCAAUUUUCUUUAUUUGGGUUAAGUUUUGAGUUAGUUACCAUUUCUGUUAUGGCUGUCAUAUGUAGUGUCUGCAAUUUAAUAGUGGCAUUUAAGUGUUGGUUCAUAAACAGUUGUUAUGCAUGUUUGGUUGUUGGGGUUUUUUUAAAUUAUUAUUAUUUUUUCAUUUUUCUAUAAAAUCCAGGAUUGCAUUAAUGCUGUAUUUUGUUUUACAUGAUCAUUGCAGGGCAUGAUUUCUCACGGAAAUAUGGAUGAUGCCAUGUGUUAUGAGAGCUGAUAACCAAUUCCUGCUUAUAACAUUGUUACAAACAUUUUCAGGUUUCACUCAAACAUUUCUGUCAUGUAACUUUCAUGUUGAACUCUUUUAUACUUGCCAGGUGUUAUAUGAAUGUUAAGAGUGUUUAAAGGUGACAAUAAAAUACACUCUGGCCAAUCCUUCAUUACUUUUUGGACAAAAAUCCAUUCUAAACUGAUGCUGCAAUUUGGGUGUAGUUUUUACUUUGUUGUACUAUGCACCAUAUAAAUUAAUAGUUAUACUGCUGAUUUUGAAGUUGCACUUACGGCAUGACAGUGACAUGACAUUAACUUUCAAAGUUAGGCAAUACCAAUUCAUAAUCUGAAUCUAGGGUAAAGUACCAGUAUAAAUCUUCUGACGUAAAUUUAUUCGUAAAAAUUUAAUGACAUAAAUGAAGUCUGUUCACUUUGGAGAUUUUUGUUUGUUUUUCCAGUAAAGCUGCUUUGGCUAGACUGGGAUUUGAUCCAAAGCCCAUGAGAGUCAUAGACAGCAUUAAUAAAGUAAAACUUUAUUGAAAAGAAACUCUGCAGUCAGGUUGACCUUUAUGCCUUUGCAGUAUUUCUGUCUGCAGAAUACAUUUGGAGUGGUUUGCUUUAAGACUUCAGUAAUAUAAAUCUGAGGGAUUUUAAUUCUGGUAAAAUUGUAAGCAUACUACUGUAACUGGUCACAAAAAAUAUUUCCCUAUAGCCAGCAUACAGCUUAAUUAUUUAGAAGGCAAGUUUGUUUAGCUACAUGACUUCUCUUUUAAAUCAGCAGUACAAGAAGUGUUAACCACUUAGUUAUACUUCUAGAAGAACUUUCUUCUAGAAUCCACUAGAAUAUGUGGUCAUAGUCAUUAGCCUUGAGGAUCAACUUCCUCUUAAUGAUUUCUGAUUUGACAUUUCCAUUUACAUUCAGUUGGCAAAGCAUGCAAUGGGACAUUUCCUUUCCUCUCUUGGUAAAGCUACUGUAAUUGUAUUUGGCUGUCCUAGUUCUCUAUAUUGUUAGAAAUUUAACAUAGAACACAAAUCUAACACACAAAUGUGCCUCUACUUGGUUACCUGUGUUCUCACUCUCCCCUGAAAUAUUGCGUUGUUACAUCCAGUACUAGUAGGUUACCAUACUUUCCAGAAUGCCGCCUGUGAUGUGGAACGCAUCCACAAUUUCAUCUGGUUUUCAUACCCUGCUUUUAAAAAGCGUAAAAGGCUUUUCUCUGAGGAAUUUUGUAUAAAGCAACUGUUCGGUUCUACAAGCGCAGAGUUCUUUAGCUGCAUCUCCGUUUAUAAAGUUGCAUCUAGUGUUCUUUUUUUAAUGAACUUUUGAGUGUUUUGUCAGGGAAGGUGCACAAAUUUUGUAUAUGUUCCACAGAAGAAAUAUGACUGGAUACUGGAAUGGCUCAGAAAUAAGAAUUCAGGGAUGUUUCUGUAGUUCCUCACAUAUGUUCCAGCAGUUUUUCCGCCUUUUUUCCUUUUUUUUUUUUUUUUUUUUUUUUAAACCAACCAACACCAGAUUCCUUACUUAGCAAGCUGAGGAAAUUAGCGAUUUAGCAUAGAAAAUAUUUUAUUAUAUGCGAAUUACUGUGUUUUCAUUAGGGAUAUCCUUCAAUAUAUUACUGAUAUUGUUAGCCCAUAAGUCUUUUCUUCCUUUUCUGUGUUAUAGGUGAUGCUUCUACCUAAAUCUGACCUUCUGCAUGCCAAUUAAACGAGUUCCUCUACCUGAAUAACUUCUAAAAUAUUUUUAGAGUCUCCUUCUUUUUCCCUAGCCAGGGGAAGAGCAGGGGCUUUCCAGCCAAGCAGUAUCCCUUCCCUACGAGAGAAGAAAAAGAACCAAACACUUUAAACCAAAACAAAAAUCUUCAUUGAAAAUAAUCUUCCUGGGCAGCACAUGGGAUCAGCUGUAAAAUUGUCAGGGUAAUAUCUUACAUAGCCCAGCUACAUACAGGAAGUGCUUAGUCAAUAGUGUAUUGGAUUGAUCUCUCUGAUCUUCAGCAAAUACAGAAAGUAGGUGUUUUAAAUAAUUCCAUAUUGAACUGGAAUGCUUAAAUUAAGUCUUGUGAUUGUAGGGGAAAGAAAAUCAAAAAACACGUGGAAAAACAUUCUAUUUAGCAAGUGUACAUACUAAGGAGUUUCUUGUCUGUAUUUUGGGGGUUUUAGGUUGAGGGUUUUGAGGUUUUUUGUGAAGUGUGUAAAAGCCCCACGUACCAUCCAGUUGCAAGUGAGUGCUCUAUUAACUGAAGAUUGUGAGAGGCUGUUCACACAAAACUCUAUUGAAAGCUCAGCCAGUUGUUCAAGUUGGUGUUAUCUGAGCGGAAUUAGAGAAAUGUAAUGAGCGUGCUAUGCAAUGUCAGCACUGUACAGCUGAAGGGGUCCUUGUAAUGAUUUAAAGUUUGUGAAAGUUCUCUUUGGAGUGAGUAUUAGUAAAACAAAAAUUGUUCAUGAAACUUUCCUGAUUUGUUUAUGAAGGUUGAUUUAUGAAACUUCUUGAGCUAGCGUGCAUGAAGAGAUGCAGAAAACCAACUGUUAGUAGUUUUGAUGGUCGUCUUGGCAUUACAUUUUGUGCUAAAUUUCAGUGAAUUCUGAAUAACACUUUUAAAGUAAAAGCUGCUUUAACUGAAGAACUUUCAACCGAAGAAAACUUUUGUUUGCAUGAAGUCUGUACUGUUUGCUGUUAAUUCAGAUAUUCUGAGAGCACGGCUAGUUCCAGGUGUAUAUUCUCUAUGAAGCAUCUCUUAAACAUAAUAUUUUAACCAUUUUCCCUAGUGAGACCAGGAUGUGAAUUGCUGAUGUGUAUUGCAUUUGUGCUUAAAUACCUGAUUUCAGAGUGUGUUAAGCCUUGAUCUAUUUUUGAUAAACAAAGAAAAGUAGCAUUUUUAUCUAAUUUCCAUUUAAUGAUAAGUAUAUUCAUGCAGGGAAAAACAUAUAAUCAUGGCUUGAUGCAGCGAUUUUAAGCCAAGAAAACGGCAGGAUGGCACUAGUAAAUCUGAAAUGAAGAUGCAUGUCUCCUCAGAAAGGCAUUCUGUUUUUUUUCCCCUCUUUAUACCAAAUGGAUUCCUUCCUUAUGCCAGAAUUACAGAGGUGAAGCAAGUACCAGAACUUUUACCCUUUGUUUUUUAAAAAUGAACAUGGGCUUUUGCCCAGAGUGUCUUUGUCCUGUCACUUCAUUUUCAGGGGGUGUCAGUUAAAUGAGAAAUAUAGAAUAAGUAUUUUUAAUUAAAAUCAGAUUUAAGCUAUUAAUUAUUUUUAAAUUUUCUAUAUUAAUAGAGACCUAAUGAAUGGAAAUUACAGGCCUGUAUUGCAAAUAUUGAACAGUGCUUAUGUGUUUCUAACGAAACCAGUAUAUAUGUGAAACUUGAAAUGUGUAAAGGUGAAAAUUGGAAGAUUGUUUUUGUGUCGAUAGGUUUAGAAAUUGAAAUUCUUAAUAUCCAAUACCAAAACCCUACAAAAGGGCUCAUGAAAAGAAAAUGUAAUGUGUUUUGAUGAACAGCCUGUGUAAUACAAUCAAUGGGUGUGAUGUUUUUGUUCUGUAUUAUAUUUAUUAUAUGUAAGUAAACAAUAAAGAUUAUAAAUCUUA